UAACGAUUCUUCAUUCGAACCAAAAACACAUCCAACGAACACGAUGACAACGAACCGAUCCACCAGACUUCUGGUGUUGCUAGUGUUGACAGCCCUGGUGGCCAGCCAACAGGCGUAUGCCGCCGCCGUGGGACUCAAGUGCGGUGGCAAGAGCGCCGUCUGCGUGGGACCACUCUCCUAUCAGCAGUGCGUCGAUGACCUGACCACCGGUCCGGUGGUGCCAUGCGAGCUAAACACCCGCUGCGUCACCGACGGCCUCGAGAUCUGUGUGCCGGUCAAGUCGGCCGCUGAGGCGCCCACGGCGGCUGUCGCCAAGAUGGUGACCAUCACCGACAGCCCCGUGGUGAGCGAGUCCGCCCCGCUCGUGGAUUCCACCAGCAGUGGUAGCGGCGUAGAGAUCUCCACCGAGGGUGUAGGUGCACCGGCCAGCGCUGUUCCGACUGAGCCAUCUGCUCCGGUUGAGACCACUCAGGCUCCGGUUGAGACCACUCAGGCUCCGGUGGAGACCACACAGGCUCCGGUGGAGACCACACAGGUGCCGGAAGAGACCACCCAGAUUCCGGUUGAGACCACUCAGGCACCGCUUGAAACCACCCAAGCUCCGGUCGAGACAACUACUGCAGCCAUUGAGGAGACCACCACAGGAUCGGAAGCACCACUGGAGCCGGAAUCGACGGUGCCCAGCGAUACAACUCCCGUGGACUCCACAUUGGCACCCGGAUCGGAAGGCACUUACCCAACCAUUGAACCCAACACACCAGGAGCAGACCCCAACGCUCCGGCGGGAACGACUCUUGCUCCCGGCGAAGUCGAUCCCAACAGCCCAAUCGACCCCAAUUCCCCUCUGAACCCGAACGCACCCGAAGAAUCUACUAACGAACCCGGAUUAGUUGACCCCACCCUACCGGCUGACACUACUGCAGAUUCUCCUGUUGAAGGAUCAACCGCAGCUCCCGGCACUCCGGCUGAUGUAACCACUGCUGCUCCAGGCGCUCCAGGUGAUGUCCCUACUGCAGCUCCCGGUUCCCCUGCUGAAGGAUCCUCGGCAGCUCCCGGAUCUCCUGCUGAUGUUACCACCGCCGCUCCUGGCGCUCCAGCUGAUGGAUCCUCUGCCGCUCCUGGAUCUCCUGCUGAUGGAUCGUCUGCCGCUCCUGGAUCUCCUGCUGAUGUCACCACCGCCGCUCCUGGCGCUCCAGCUGAUGGAUCCUCUGCCGCUCCUGGAUCUCCUGCUGAUGGAUCGUCUGCCGCUCCUGGAUCUCCUGCUGAUGUCACCACCGCCGCUCCUGGCGCUCCAGCUGAUGGAUCCUCUGCCGCUCCUGGCACUCCAGCUGAUGGAUCGUCUGCCGCUCCUGGAUCUCCUGCUGAUGUCACCACCGCCGCUCCUGGCGCUCCAGCUGAUGGAUCCUCUGCCGCUCCUGGCACUCCAGCUGAUGGAUCGUCUGCCGCUCCUGGAUCUCCUGCUGAUGUCACCACCGCCGCUCCUGACGCUCCAGCUGAUGGAUCCUCUGCCGCUCCUGGCACUCCAGCUGAUGGAUCGUCUGCCGCUCCUGGAUCUCCUGCUGAUGUCACAACCGCCGCUCCUGGCGCUCCAGCUGAUGGAUCCUCUGCCGCUCCUGGAUCUCCUGCUGAUGGAUCGUCUGCCGCUCCUGGAUCUCCUGCUGAUGUCACCACCGCCGCUCCUGGCGCUCCAGCUGAUGGAUCCUCUGCCGCUCCUGGCACUCCAGCUGAUGGAUCGUCUGCCGCUCCUGGAUCUCCUGCUGAUGUCACCACCGCCGCUCCUGGCGCUCCAGCUGAUGGAUCCUCUGCCGCUCCUGGAUCUCCUGCUGAUGGAUCGUCUGCCGCUCCUGGAUCUCCUGCUGAUGUCACCACCGCCGCUCCUGGCGCUCCAGCUGAUGGAUCCUCUGCCGCUCCUGGUGCCCCUGCUGAUGUUACGACUGCUGCUCCUGGCGCUCCAGCUGAUGGAUCCUCUGCCGCUCCAGCUGACGGAUCGUCUGCCGCUCCUGGAUCUCCUGCUGAUGUCACCACCGCCGCUCCUGGCGCUCCAGCUGAUGGAUCCUCUGCUGCUCCUGGAUCUCCUGCUGAUGGAUCGUCUGCCGCUCCUGGAUCUCCUGCUGAUGUCACCACCGCCGCUCCUGGAGCUCCAGCUGAUGGAUCCUCUGCCGCUCCUGGCCCUCCAGCUGAUGGAUCGUCUGCCGCUCCUGGAUCUCCUGCUGAUGUCCCCACCGCCGCUCCUGGCGCUCCAGCUGAUGGAUCCUCUGCCGCUCCUGGCCCUCCAGCUGACGGAUCGUCUGCCGCUCCUGGAUCUCCUGCUGAUGUCACCACCGAUGCUCCUGGCGCUCCAGCUGAUGGAUCCUCUGCCGCUCCUGGCGCUCCAGCUGAUGGAUCCUCUGCCGCUCCUGGUUCUCCUGCUGAAGGAUCUUCCGCAGCUCCCGGAUCUCCUGCUGAUGUAACCACCGCCGCUCCUGGCUCUCCUGCUGAAGGAUCCUCUGCCGCUCCUGGAUCUCCUGCUGAUGUAACCACCGCCGCUCCUGGCACUCCAGCUGAUGGAUCCUCUGCCGCUCCUGGAUCUCCUGCUGAUGGAUCGUCUGCCGCUCCUGGAUCUCCUGCUGAUGUCACCACCGCCGCUCCUGGCGCUCCAGCUGAUGGAUCCUCUGCCGCUCCUGGAUCUCCAGCUGAUGGAUCGUCUGCCGCUCCUGGAUCUCCUGCUGAUGUCCCCCCCGCCGCUCCUGGCGCUCCAGCUGAUGGAUCCUCUGCCGCUCCUGGAUCUCCAGCUGAUGGAUCGUCUGCCGCUCCUGGAUCUCCUGCUGAUGUCACCACCGCCGCUCCUGGCGCUCCAGCUGAUGGAUCCUCUGCCGCUCCUGGUUCUCCUGCUGAAGGAUCUUCCGCAGCUCCCGGAUCUCCUGCUGAUGUAACCACCGCCGCUCCUGGCUCUCCUGCUGAAGGAUCCUCUGCCGCUCCUGGAUCUCCUGCUGAUGUAACCACCGCCGCUCCUGGCAUUCCAGCUGAUGGAUCCUCUGCCGCUCCUGGAUCUCCAGCUGAUGGAUCGUCUGCCGCUCCUGGAUCUCCUGCUGAUGUCACUACCGCCGCUCCUGGCGCUCCAGCUGAUUCCAGUGUCCCAGCUGGUGGAGCUCCUGCUGAUUCCAGUGUCCCCGCUGGUGGAGUUCCUGCUGAUUCCAGUGUCCCCGCUGGUGGAGUUCCUGCUGAUUCCAAUGCUCCAGCUGGUGGUGAUCCUGCUGGCUCCAAUGCUUCCGCUAGUAGCACGCCUGGACCAUCUUCUGCGGGAUCAAAUCCGCCAGUUAUACCAUCGAUUCCGGUACUUCCUGGCGGAGCUGGCUCUUGGCCAUGGCAUCCUCGCCCAAACAGUCCGAUCCUGCCGCCAUCCUGGAGACCUCAGCUUCCUGGACAAAAUGGCCCAGGUGCUCCUGGCAGUGGGCUAAUCAAUGGCAGUGUCAACCCGUCCCAACGCCCACAUCCUUUCUGGCCCAACUGGCAAAACUGGGUAAACAGCUGGCGACCAACAAAGCCAGUUCCUAGCACCGAGGCUCCUGUCCAACCGCAGAAUCCUCAGCAGCCGCAGCAACCCCAAAAUCCACAGCAGCCCCAGCAACCGCAGAACCCUCAACAGCCUGCAAACAACAAUGCUGAGAACGCCGAAAGCGUAGAGCAAGCUGCUCCAGUUCCACCAGCCGAAGGACCAGCGUCUAACGAGAAUGCCUCCGUUGAGGACAGCAACAAGGCGCCAAGCGAGAAGUCGAAGGACAAGCCAAAGUCCGGGGAGGAUCAGUCCAAGGAGCAGGAACAGAAGAAGCCCAGCUCUGAGGAGAAGGAGAAGGACAGCAAGGAGAAGAGCGAUAAAGACAGCAAGGAGAAGAAGGACAAUGAUAACAAGGACAAGAAGGACAAGUCCAAGGAGGAGAAGGACAACGAGUCCCAGAAGGACAACGAAGGCGACGACGAGCCGAGCUCCAAGGAGAAGAAGCAAUACGUCAAGGACCUGAUCAAGAAGCUGAAGAAGGGCGACGAGUGCGACGAGGACGACGUCUAUCCGGAUGUCCGCGACUGCCGCAAAUACUACCGCUGCGAGGUGAAGAAGUCCGGCAAGCACAAGUUCGCCCACCUGCGCUGCGACAAAAAGGAGCGAUUCGACUGGCUUGCCCAGUCCUGUGUGCCCAAGGACGAGGCCCGCUGCCUGGAAAAAUAGGACUGGCAUAGGAAACAACUCCAUCUCCGUUCGACCUGCCGCCUUCCAAUGAUAGCCUCACAAUCAACUUUACUUUAAUAUUGGCAAUCUCCAAUCUUCAAUCUCCAUUUCCCUGGUCCUAUUUAAUUUAUUGCUCCAACUUAAAUAUGCAUACUUUUUUUUUGUUUUCCUCAAUAAAUCUUGAACCUUAUGAAAAUCUGGCAAA